AUGGGAGGAAAACCUUCAAAACAACAAUUACAAAAAAUUGAAUAUACUGGAGAACCUAAUGGAACUCCAUAUUAUUCAAUUUCUGGUAAUGAAUUAUCAGAAAUGAUUACUAAUAAAAAAGAUGAAACAUUUCUCCAGUUAGGAGGUGCUAAUGGUAUUGCUAAAUUACUUGAAACUGAUGUAGAUAAAGGAAUUUGUGAUGAAUCAUAUAAUAAAAGACAAGAACAAUUUGGAAAAAAUAGAACACCAGACCCUGUUCUUAUUCCAUUCUGGAAAAUUUGGUUUGAAGCACUUCAAGAUAAAACACUUAUUAUUCUUAUUCUUGCAGCUGUUGUUUCAUUGAUAUUAGCAUUUGUUGUUCCAAAUUCUACAGAUAAAUGUUUAACUAAUGAAACAGAAGAAGAUAAAGAAUUUAAUACUGAUUGGAUUGAAGGACUUGCUAUUUUAGCUGCUGUAUUAGUUGCUUCACUUGGAUCAUCUAUUUCUGAUUAUUCAAAACAAAAGAAAUUUUUAGCUCUUUCUAAAGAUGAAAAAGAUGUAAAAAUUAAAGUUAUUAGAAAUAGUGAACAACAACAAAUUUCUAUCUUUGAUUUAUGUGUUGGAGAUCUAGUUAAUUUAGAUGUUGGAGAUCUUCUUCCAGCUGAUGGAAUUUUUGUUCAUGGUAAUGAUUUACGACUUGAUGAAUCUGAUAUGACAGGUGAAUCAGUUGCUGUUAAAAAAUCUGAAAAAAGUUUCUACAUGAUGUCAGGAACAAAAGUUACAGAUGGAAAUGGAAAAAUGCUUGUUGUUGCAGUAGGACCAAAUUCUAUGUGGGGAAAAACAAUGGAAGCAGUUAAUCAAAAUAAAACAAAACCAACACCAUUACAAGAAAAUCUUGAUAAUAUUGCUAUGAAAAUUGGUUAUUUCGGAAUGGCUGGUGGUGCUUUAGUAUUUAUUGCUUUAACUAUUUAUUAUAUAGUAUCACAAUUUACACAUAAUGACGUAUUAAAAGCAGAUGAAAAGAAUGGAAUUAUUGAAGGAUGUCUUGAAUGUAAUGUUACUAGAGAAGAUCCAAUGUGGGAACAAUAUUGUGAAAAAUAUUCAUUUGAUUGGAGUUCAUUAACUGUUUUGAUUGACUACUUUAUUUUGGCUGUAACUAUUAUUGUUGCAGCUGUUCCAGAAGGACUUCCACUUGCAGUUACUAUUUCAUUAGCAUAUUCAAUGAAACAAAUGUUUAAAGAUAAUAAUUUAGUAAGACAUUUAAAAGCAUGUGAAACAAUGUCAAAUUGUACUAAUAUUUGUUCAGAUAAAACAGGUACAUUAACAGAAAAUAGAAUGACAGUUGUAAAUGGAUGGUUUGGAGGAAUUAAAAUGGAAACAAGAGAUCAAAAAGUUGAAAUUGCUAAAGAAUAUGAAGAAAUAAUUAAUAUGAAUAUUUCAAUUAAUAGUUCACCAUCUACAUCAUUAAUUGAAGAAAAGGGACAAAUUAAUGUUAUUGGAAAUAAAACAGAAGGAGCAUUAUUAAUGUAUAUAAAAGAAAGAGGAAUUAAUUAUUUAGAAAUUAGAAAAAGAAAUGAAAAUAAUAUUUAUCAAAUGUUUGCAUUUUCAAGUGCUAAAAAGAGAAUGAAUACACUUGUUUGGAUAGAUAAACCAAAUACUAUUAGAAUGUUUACAAAAGGAGCACCAGAAAUGAUUUUAGAAAAAUGUCAAUAUUAUAUGAAUGAAAAAGGAGAAAUUAAAGAAUUAACAGAAGAAAUUAGACAAGAACUUGAAGAAUGUCAAGCAGAAUGGGCAUCUAAAGGAUAUAGAACAUUAUCAUUAUCAUAUAAAGACAUGGCACCAGCUAAUCCUAAUAAUUUAGAAGAAAAAUAUGAAAGUGCUAAUGAAGAAGGAUCUAUUUUAUUAAGUUUAUUUGGAAUUGAAGAUCCAGUAAGAAGAGAAGUUCCAGGAGCUGUUGCUACAUGUCAAAAAGCAGGAAUUAUUGUUAGAAUGGUAACAGGAGAUAAUAUAGCAACAGCAAGAUCAAUUGCACAACAGUGUAAUAUUAUUUCAAGAGAAAAUGAUAUUGCAAUAGAAGGACCUAAAUUUGCAGAAUUAACAGAUUCAGAAAUUAUUGAAAAAUUAGAAAAUCUUAGAGUUAUUGCAAGAUGUUCACCACAAGAUAAAGAAAGACUUGUUAAAUUACUUAUUAAUCAAGGAGAAGUUGUUGCAGUUACAGGAGAUGGAACAAAUGAUGUACCAGCACUUAAAGCAGCAGAUGUAGGACUUGCUAUGGGAAUUAGAGGAACUGAUGUAGCUAAACAAGCAUCAGAUAUUGUUAUUUUAGAUGAUAAUUUUCAAUCAAUUGUUAAUUCAGUAAAAUGGGGAAGAUGUGUUUAUGAUAAUAUUAGAAAAUUCCUUCAAUUCCAAUUAACUGUUAAUGUAUCUGCUGUGGUACUUUGUAUUAUUGGUUCAGUAUUUGUUGGUGAAUCACCAUUAAAUGCACUUCAAAUGUUAUGGGUUAAUAUGAUCAUGGAUACUUUAGCUGCAUUAGCACUUGGAACAGAAAAACCAACAGAUUCAUUAUUAGAUAGAAAACCAUUUGGUAGAUUUGAUUCACUUAUUUCAUUUAAAAUGUUAAGAUCAAUUCUUUUCCAAGCAGGAUAUCAAUUGGUUAUUACAUUGGCUAUUGUCUUUGCUGGAAAAUAUAUUCCAUUCCUUAAUGCACCAUGUGGUUUUGUUAAAACUGUUGGUCAUUCUGGUGGUGAAGAUUUUAGUAAAUAUUGUGCUGGUGAUAAUAUUGGUUUUAAGAGUAUUAAUGAUGUUAAAAAUGAUACUGUUGAACUUCAAACUUUAGUAUUUAAUAUGUUUGUCUUUGCUCAAAUCUUCAAUCUUUUCAAUUCAAGAAAAGUAAAUGGUGAACAUAACGUCUUUGAAAGGAUCUUUUCAAAUUGGUACUUCCUUGGUAUUUGUGCUGGUAUUUGUGUUUGUCAAAUUAUUAUUGUCCAAUUCCUUGGUAUUCUUUUCUCAGGAGUUCCAUUUAGUCCAUCACAAGGUCAAUAUGGACUUUCAUGGCAAGGAUGGAUUGUAUCAAUUGCUUCUACUCUACUCACUCUUAUUGUUGGACAAAUUUCAUUCUUUAUUCCAGUUCCUACUUCUAAACCAAAGAAAUUUAAGAAAGAAUCAGCAUCACUUUUCAGUAAAAUUAAAGGUAAAUUCAGUAAAAAAGAAUAUCAAUCUAUUGAUAGUAGUGAUGAUGAAUAA